ACAUUAACACAGGACUGAGCAGAAGCUUGAGAAGGCAUUUCAGUAAUGGAUUCCAAAUGCAUGGAAAUACCUGCCCUGGGAAGAUCUCUGUAUCCUGGCAUGCUAUACGAUUGCCGCAGGGACUCCUUUAUUCCAGGUGUUACUUUAUGGGAUGCAGAAGCAGUGAAUAAACACAUUGAUGUGCAUCAGCAGCCUAAAACACAGCUGAAGUUUACUGGCUCUGACACCCUCAGUGAAAAGACCAAGCUCCUGGAUAUAAGCGCUUCCCUUAAAGCCAGUUUCUUCUGUGGUUUGGUGGAGGUUGGAGGAUCAGCCAAGUACCUGAAUGAUACCAAGUCCUCAACACAUCAGUGCAGAGUUACUAUGCAGUACAGCCAGACAACAGAAUUUAAACAACUCACCAUGAAGAACCUUGGCAAUAUCACCUAUCCACAAGUAUUUGACCAGAAAACAGCCACUCAUGUAGUUACAGCUGUAUUGUAUGGAGCUCAGGCUUUCAUGGUGUUUGAUCAUACAGCUGCAGAAAAUGAGCGCAAACAGGUUGUUGAAGGAAACCUUCAUGCAGUGGUCAAGAAGAUCCCGACCAUUUCCAUUGAGGGGGAAGCAUCCCUAAAGAUGACUGAAGAGGAAAAAACACUGUCUGAGAAUAUCAGCGUCACAUUUUAUGGUGACGUAGCACUUGAAGAAAACCCAACCACAUACAAGGAAGCCCUGGAGGUUUACAAGAAGUUACCCACUUUGAUGAAGAAAGAAAACUAUAAAGGUGUACCACUGACUGUGUGGCUGUAUCCUCUCAUGCUUUUGGAUGAUAAGGCUGCAAGGUUGGUGAGAGAAAUCAGCAUGACCCUGGUGAAUAAAACCGAGAAUUUGCUGGAGGAGUUUGGAGAAGUGGAGAGAAGAUGCAAUGAUGUGUUCAAAAACCAAAUGACAGAUGAUUUCUCUGAUGUAAAAGACAGAUUGUUGAAAUUUGGGGACUUACACAGUUGUUAUAAGACAACGUUCCAGAAGGCAUUGUCCAGAGUUUUGCCAGCUAUCCGGGGUGGGACACAAGAGGGCAAGGCACUAGAGGACAUCCUGAACUUCCAUGACGCAUCACCCUUCAAUGCUAGGAAUGUGAACAAAUGGCUAGACAACAUUACAACUGAAUUAAAUAUAUUGAGUUCUUAUACCAGUGGGCUGAAGAACCUGACAGUUGUGAACUCCCCAGCGACACUCCGUUCCAUCCUCUUUGAUCCUGAGAAUGAUGUGGUGGUGUGUUUGUCUUUUACAUCUCUAAAGUUUGAAGACUCCUACCUUGCAGCUCUCCAAGACUUUAAGAGCUCUGAAGGAUUUAGAAAGUUUGAGCAAACAAGCGAGAGAAUUUUCUCUUGUCAAGUACCACAACCUUGGUUCACUUCUCCUGACGUUUCUGAGAGCAUGAGGCAGAAUCUUUCUCACUUUACAAGUUUUUCAAAGGCCAAUAAAAAUGAGAAGGGAAUCAAGUUCAUCAUUGCCUCCAUCUCUGACCCCAGCAAUCCAGGAAACUCCAUCCAACUUUAUCAGAAAGGCCAUCUGACAGAUCCUAAGUUCCAGCCUGUAUCCAAACCUCCUCUACCUGUGGUGGAGACCAGUGAUGGGAAAGUGAUCCUAAAGCUUUCAAAAUCACCGACCGGAAAGAUGGUUCAGUUUAGAGUUGAGUACAGGAUGACACCUCCAAUUGAUUCAGCAGAGGAUGCUGAUGAAUGGACAGUCACAGACACUUCAGAUGCACAGCCCAGCUUUACACUGACUGGACUAAAGCCAGCAAACCAAUACUGGGUUCGAUACAGAGCUGUUAGUGAUGUGGGAGUGAGUGAAGCCAGCGACUCUGUCUCCUUCACCUUUCAUGGGAAUCCUGAGGUCACAGUGAGUCAAUGGGACUUCACCAUGCCUUCCCUCUUUAAGAAACUAAGGACAAAUCUAAUGACCAGCAUGGGACUAUCACGAUGGUCUGCCUCGACUAUUAAGUCAGAGGUAACAAAUAUUCAUAACAGCCCUAUGAGUAGCAGAAGUUACAAAUGA